AUAUAUAUAUUUAUGAUCAAAGAAAAUUUUCAAAUUUCAAAUUUCCCGCGUAUUCCUUUUAUUCUAUCAUACACUCAUUUUACUAUAAUAAAAAUCGCAUGUAUAACGUGGUUGCAUUGAGGUUAUAUUAACAUUUGAUCAUUAGAGUUUAUUAUCAAUUUAUUUAAAAAUAAAUUAUGACAAGUUAUAUAUCAUGUGCUUGCAAUCGAGUUCCACAUUCAGUUGAUUGGGGAAAAAAUGGACUUAUUUGUUUCGCAGCAUGUCAUGCAGUUGCAAUUUAUGAUCCAUAUAUUUCAAAAAUUGGAAAAAUAACAAAUACACUUCAUCAACACAAAGAUCGAGUUAAUACUGUUCGAUGGAUUAAACGAAGAAACUCGAAAAUCGAAUCAGAAUUAUUAUCAAGUUCAGUAGAUGGAACAGUUAUUGUUUGGAAUAAAAAAAAUAAUUUUUUUAAUUGUAGCUGUAUCAUAGAAGUUAAAAAUAUUGUCACAUUUAGUAACUGUAUAUAUAUUUAUGAUCAAGAUUUUUUAAGUGAAGAAACAUUUUCUAAAUUGUUAAUAUGCACUGGAUCUGUUGAAGGAGAUUUAAAAAUAUGGUUUAGAGAUACACACAAUAAUGUAAAAUGUCUACAGACACUUACAUUUAAUAGAAAAUUACCAAUAGAAGCUUGUUUUUCUUUUCUGCCAAAUACAGAUUUACCUCUUUUAGCUAUUGGAUUAGAAAAUUCAACAAUUGAAUUAUAUAUAACCAAUUUUAAUACUAUAGAAAAAUUAUAUUUUGUGAAAGUUCAAGUUUUGGAAGGACAUGAAGAUUGGGUACGAUGUAUGGACUUUAAUUAUAAUUUAAGUGAUAGUAUUUUGCUUGCAAGUGGAUCUCAAGAUGCCAUGAUACGACUUUGGAAAAUUUCUGCAAGUAAUAUAGAAGAAUCAAAUAAUGAAUUACAUCAAAAGAAACAAAUAUUCAUUGUCAAUGGCUCAAAGUAUCAUAUUACUUUAGAAUCUGUUCUUUAUGGCCAUGAGGGCUGGGUUUAUGGUAUACAUUGGUAUCCAUUACAAUUGGAUAAUGAGAAUAGAAUUUUAAGAUUAUUAUCCUGUUCAUUAGAUAAAUCUAUGAUUAUAUGGGAACCAGAUGAAAUAACUGGUAUUUGGUCUGAAAAAGUAAGAGUAGGUGAAGUUGGUGGUAAUUCAAUGGGUUUUUAUGGUUGUAAAUUUAGUGGUAAUGGAUUAAAUAUAUUAGCACAUGGUUAUCAAGGAUCAUUUCAUAUUUGGGAAUAUUCAAAUAUUAUAAAAAACUGGAUUCCAAAAUCUGUACCAAGUGGACACUUUGCUGAAGUAGUUGAUCUUUGUUGGGAUUCAAAUGGAAGGUUUCUCAUUACUGCAAGUAUGGAUCAAACAACAAGAAUUCAUGCAUUUUGGAAAAGUGAAAUAGAAUUUUGGCAUGAAAUUGGACGCCCACAAAUUCAUGGAUAUGAUAUGUCUUGUUUAGCUAUGAUAACGCCUUAUAUGUUUGCUUCAGGAGCAGAAGAAAAAGUUGAUGAACUUUUACAAAGUCGGAAUGGACAAUAUUUUGUUGAAAAAAUUGUUUCAAUACGAAUAUUACCACAAGCUCUUGAUGAAGCUAAAUCAGCACUUCAAAUGAAUGGAAUCAAUUUUAUAUUAGAUCAUUUUGAUACAUUUUUCUCUCUAAUUGUUCAUGGAAAUAAAAUUGAAUUACCAAUUAUUAUGCGUGGUUUUAAUAGAAUUCAUAAAGCUAUUGAAAUAUUAGUAAAUGAUUUGGAAAAUAUAUUUGAAAAUGGAAAAGAAUUGGAAGAAGAAGAUAGAUUAAGAUUUUUAAAUAUAAAUAAAAUGCUUGCAUAUUUAUUCUCUUGGCUUCUUUGUCAUAUAGAUGAUGAAAUUUCUAAAGAUGUAAAUGACAAAUAUAUAGGCAAGCGUAAGAAAUCAACAAAAUCAGAUAUAGAAGAAGAAUGGGAAAGUGAUAGAGAAAAAGCAUUAGAAUAUAUUUAUAGAUUAUUACAAUUACCAUUACAAAAACUUUGGCAACCUCCUAUUGUAGAAGAUUCAUUUAUAAUAUUAUUCACUAAAGUGUGCUAUAAAGUUUUAGAACAAUGUAAAGAUUCAAAAUGUAAACAUAUACGAGAAACAAUUUUUGAGAUUUUAGGUACUUCAGUUAAAAAAUAUAAUCAUGGUAUAAGCUGUGUAAUAAGAAUUAUUCAGUUAGUAAAAUUACAUGAUAUACUAGCAUCUCAUAUAGCUAUUGGAAUUAUAUAUAUGAUUAAAAAUUGUGGUUGUAAUGGUUUAAUAAAAGAAAUAAUGAAGGAGAUUGAUCAAAGUGAAUUAUCUGAACCUGAUAGUCGUAAUAUAUCAAUAUUUCUAGAAACUAUUGCUGCUUCUGAACCAAAUCUUAUAAUUCCUAUUCUUGAUGAUGUGAUGGAUUACUUGGGUAGCGAGCACUAUACUAUGAGAAAUUGUACUAUUAGUAUUAUAUGUGAAGUUAUACAAAAGGCAUUGACUGGAGAUGAUCUUACACAAGAACAAAAAGUUCAACGUGAUGAAUGCCUUAAUAGUUUGGAAGAACAUAUUCUUGAUAAUAAUGCUUAUGUUAGAUCAAAAGUUUUGCAAGUUUGGCAACGUUUAUGUUGUGAAGGAGCUAUUCCAUUAGCGAGGCAAGGAAGACUUUUAGCUGCUACUGCAUUACGUUUAGAAGAUAAAAGUGCAAGUGUACGAAAACAAGCAUUACAACUAAUGCGUGCUUUAUUACAAAGCAAUCCAUUUGCUGCUACAUUAAAUAAAAUAGAAAUAUCUAAAUCACUAGAAAAAGAAGAAAUAAAACUUAGAAAGUUACAAACUGAAAGUGUUAGUAAAAGUGUUCGUGGUGAUAAUGAGAGAUUGGAAUUUUGGAAUACUUUACUUCCAGAAAUAAGGAAAGUAUUAAAAGAAGUUAUUAAUAAUGAAAAAAAUACGGAUAUAGAGUAUGAUAAUAAAGAUGAAGAAGAAGAUAUAAAUACAGAUACAGCAUUUGAAUAUAUAAGACAAUUAUUGUUAAAAGAAAAAAUUUUUGAAGCAGUAACAUAUUUAUGGAAAGUUUGUACAAAAUUGAAGCAAAAACCAGAUAUAGAAAAUCUUUCUCCUGAAGCAAAAGAAGAAUGUUUAUUCUUAUUUUUAUUAAAAACAUUUAUGGAAUCUGAAAAUAAUUUAAAUAAUUUAAAAGAAAAUAUAGAAAAAAAACAAUCAAUAGAGGAAAACAAAGAAAAAGAAGAAAUAAUAGCAAUAAAACGAGUUAUAAAUUAUUUGAGACAUUGUUUGGAAUUUGCAACUGAAUUAGAAAUUGCUAUACCUAUGACAGAAAAGUUACUUUUUUCUACAACAGCAACUGAUGCUAUUGAAUCAUGCACUUUACUUGGAAUUGCUUCUAAAUUUGGUAUAGUUGGAUCUGCAAUUGCUAUUCGCGAUGCUUUAUUUCAAGUAUUUCAUCGCGAUCAAUCAGUUCGUAAUAAUAUCGCAGUGGUAUAUAAAGAUCUUUAUUUAAAUAAAAAUGAAAAUCAAAAAUCAAAACGACAAAAAGCUCUUACAUGUAUGAGAUCCUUAAUUGAUUUAUUAAAAGAACUUCAACCAGGUCAAAGUCAAGCUUUAACUCAGCUUAUUUUAAUAUGGUAUAACAAUAAUGAUAUAGAUAAUGAAAUGUUACAGGUUUUAUGGGAAACUUUUUCAAUGAAAUCACCAGACACAGAUUCAUUAGAUAGUAGAUCUGCUUUAAUGUUAUUAACAAUGAUAGCUCAAACUCAAAGUUGUAUUAUAAGUGAUAAUUUAGAAGUAUUAAUAAAAAUAGGAUUUGGAUCUAGAGCAAAAACUGAUCUUUUAUUAGCCAGAGAUACAUGUAGAGCAUUGUUAAUCAUAAAACAUAAAAAUGAUGAUAUUGAAAAAUCAUCUAUUAGGUAUCCCAAUGAUCAUGAAAUGUUUAAAGAAAUUGUUUCCUUAUUAAUAGAAAAUUUUAUAAAUAUAGAAGAAGAUGGAUAUAUUUCAUUUGCAACUGAUGCAAUUAAUGCUAUUUAUCAUUUAGCAAAUCAGCCUGAUCAUUUAAUGAAACAAGUGCUAUCACAAGUGUGUAUUCGAGGACAUUUUAAUAAUGAUUCAACUCAAAAUACUGUUUCACUUUUUUUACUUUCUAAAUUAUUAUAUUUGAUUGGGCAUAUUGCAAUUAAAGAAAUGGUUCAUUUAGAUACAUCAGUUUAUAAAGAAUUAAAACGAAGAGAUAUUGUACGAAAUUUAAGAAAAGAAAAAAAGUCAGAUAAAAAUGAAAAAGAUGUAAAUACAGUUCAGAGAUCAAAAAUAGAAGUUUCUACUCCAAAUAGUGCAAGACAAAUAAUUCUCAAUAAAGAAACAAGUUUAAUUAUGGAAGAUAAUGGAGAGGAAGCUGUAGAAGGAGCAACAAUGGAUUCAAAUGCAGAAUUUAUAAAUGAAAUCCUUGAAAAUCAUGUUGUAACUGGAGAUGGACUUUUAGUAAAUUUUGUUCCAUUAGUGUUAGAUGUAUGCCAAUAUCAUGAUAAGUAUAAUAAUGAAGAUAUACAAGCUGCUGGAGCUCUUGCUCUUAGUAAAAUGAUGACAGUGAGCUCCAGUUUUUGUGAAAAAUCUUUACAACUUUUAAUUACAAUACUAGAACGUUCACCAUAUCCUGGUAUUCGUGCUAAUGUUCUUAUUGGAAUAAGUGAUCUUACAACAAGAUUUCCAAAUCAGAUUGAACCAUGGAUGAAACAUGUUUAUGGCAGGCUUCGUGAUGAAGAUACAAAUGUAAGACGUACAUGUGUUCGAGUUUUAUCAAGUCUUAUAAUGAGAGAAAUGGUGCGGGUAAGAGGUCAAAUAUCAGAAUUAGCUCUUUGUAUAGUUGACAAAGAUUCUCAAAUUCGACAAGAUGCAAAACAAUUUUUUAAAGCACUUUCACAAAAAGGCAAUGCUUUAUAUAAUGUAAUGCCUGAUAUUUUAUCUCGAUUAACUGAUCCUGAUUUAGAUAUAAACGAAUCAGAUUUUCAAGAAAUUUUGAAGCAUAUUUUGAAUUUAUUGCAAAAAGAAAAACAAAUUGAUUCCAUUAUUGAUAAAAUUUGUGCUAGAUUUAAAUUGGCUACUACAGAAAGACAGUGGCGUGAUUUUGCAUAUUGUCUUUCACUUAUGCAAUUUAGUGUAAAAAGUAUACGUCAUCUUAUUGAAAGUUUACCUUUAUUAAAGGAUAAAAUUCACCACAAGCAAGUUUUAAAAGCAUUACAGUCUGUUAUCGAACAAACAAAGAAAAAACCAAAUACAAAAACAAUAUGUACAGAAUUAGAAGAAAAAAUAGAAGAACUUCUUAAAGGAACAGAAGAUUCAAAAGAGGAUAAUGCUGUGGUAAUGCCACCACCAGCAGUUCCAAAAUCAAGAAAACGUAAUAAACGUGUAAGUAAUAGUGAAGAAGAGGAUGAUAAUAUUGACAGUGAUUUUGAUUUAACAUCGGUAACGAAAACAAAAGGUUCUAAAAAAAGAAAAUCGUGGGGAUGUAAAUCGAGUUCUAGUUCGGAUUCAGAUAAUGAUUUAGCAAUAAAAACUCCUAGAAAGCAACUUAAAGAAAAUGCACCUGCACAGACCAUAACAAGAUCAAGUCGAAAAAAGCGCGUUAAUUCAAUUGCAGCUACACCAUCAUCAUUACCAAAAAGAAAUAAACAAAUAACACCUAUGCGUAUUCCGGAAAGAUCUUCAGCACGUUUAUCCCAAUCACGAAUGAGGAAUUAAAAUUUUUGUAUAUAUUUAACAUACAAUUUUGUAUUUUUUGAUAUUAGAUUAAAAAACAGAAUAUGAAGUAAGUGAAAAAAUAUUUACAGUUUAAUUAUUAAUUAAAUAUUUUAAUAAUAAAAUAUAAAAAUAUAUUUUAUAAUUUCUUUUACUUUAUAGCAUUAAAUAAUGAAUAAUCACUAAUUUUUUUUAUAAAAAUCUUGAAGUAUAUUGUUAUUUCUUUAUAAUCUUUUUUUUUUAAUAUUACAAAAAUAUAAUAAUUGGUAUAUAAAAAUUAAAAUAUUACCAUAGAAAUAUUUAUUUUAAUGAAAAUAAUGAACACUUGAUAUAACAUUUAAGUAAUGAAUGAUAAUAUUAUGUAUCACAUAUAUAUUGCAACAAAAGAAUUAAACAUAAAGUAAUGUACAUAUAUCAAAUCACUAUAUGUAGAUAACUCCAAAAAUUUUAUACAUUUGUGGCUAUUAGUAGUAAAUAAAACACUAUUUUAUUAUGCA